AUGCCGGUCGUGGCGCACCAGGGGCCCGUGCACCGCCCCCCCCCCCCUUUUCCCGUCGCCUUACGUGGCGACCCGGGGGGGGGGGGACCUGGGGGGGCGCGCGUCGCCCCUUCUUCCGCCUGCUCUGGCGCCCUGGGAGGCCGCGGGUCGGCCCCCGUACUCCUCCCCCCCCCCCCCCCUCAGGUCGCCUCACCAGGCGGCGGGAGGGGCGACCUGCAGUGGGGGGGGAGGGGAUUUGCCAUCCCCCCUGCUGCGGUUGCGGCAGUGGGGGGAGGGGACCUGCAGCACCAACCCCCCCCCCUCCUCUCUGCCCUUUUCUCCUCUCCCUCCCCCUGCUGCGGGUGCAGCAGUGGGGGGGAGGGGAUCUGCCGUCCCCCUGGUGCGGAUGCGGCAGUGGGGGGAGGGGACCUGCAGCACCUGCUGCGCCCUGCUGCCCUCAGUGGGGGGGAGGGGAUUUGCCAUCCCCCUGCUGCGGUUGCGGCAGUGGGGGGAGGGGACCUGCAGCACCAGCCCCCCCCCCCCCCUCCUCUCCGCCCCUUUUCUCCUUUCCCUCCCCCUGCUGUGGGUGCAGCAGUGGGGGGGAGGGGAUCUGCCAUCCCCCUGGUGCGGAUGCGGCAGUGGGGGGAGGGGACCUGCAGCACCUGCCUGCCCCCCCCCCCCCCCCAUCUCUCUGCUGCGGGUGCAGCAGUGGGGGAGGGUAUGGGGGUGGCGGGUGUGGCCAACCCGCCGGCCCUGCUGCGCCCCGCGCGCCCUGCUGCCCUGUGCGCCCCGUGCGCCUGCUUCCCUGCUGCCCUGUGCGCCCCGUGCGCCCUGCUGCCCUGCUGCCCUGUGUGCCCCGUGCGCCCUGCUGCCCUGCUGCCCUGUGCGCCCCCUGCCGCUGAGGGGGGUGGGUGUGUGUGA